AUUGACAUCGUUGAGAUCAACUUGCACGGUUAAGAAAUUAAUGGAAAUCCUUCUUCUUUGAUUUUGCCAAAGAUCAUAUUCAUGGCUGCGAGAUGGGAAGAUGAUUUCCAAGGUUAUGACGUGGGUCGUUUUCAAGGAAAAGUCAACGAAGAUCUGCUUUGUUCCAUUUGUCAGGAAGUUCCAAAGGAUCCCAGACUUUGCCAACACAAAGAUCAUAUAUUUUGUUUCGCUCAUAUAUCACGACAUCUCGUUCAAAACUCUCAAACAUGUCCAGUUUGCAGAGAUCCUCUGACUCAAGAAACCUUGAGACGACCAACAGGAUUUCUGAAGAAUUAUUGGGAAGGUCUGAAAAUCAAGUGUGAUCAUCAUGAACGAGGAUGUCCUGACUACGUUCGUCUGGAACAUCUUCCAAAACAUGUCGAGGAAUGUGGAUAUGCUCCUGUCAUGUGUCGUAAUGAAGGAUGUGAUACAGAGGUUAAUAGAAGAGAUAUUGAAACUCACGAGAAAACGUGUAAAAAUAUCCAGAAAAAUGUGGAUGGAUUAAAAAUGAGUCAGAAUGAAAUGAAUGUUCGAAUGACUUCAUUGGAAAGAAAACUUGAUGAAAUGGAGAGAAAACAGGAUGAAAUAAAGCAAAGCAUGAAUGAGAUGAGAGAACAGUUUGAGAGAAUAAUGACGAUGAUGAACCAAACAUUUCAAGGAAAUAAUAAAAAAAAGAAUGGUGCUAGCGCUACGAAUCACACAGGUCCAGUCAACAAUCAAGAUGUUAUUAUCAUUGGUGGUUGGUAUGGCCUAGGAAGUGACAAGGUAUUAAAUACAGUCGAGAAAUACAACAUAGUAGAAGAAAAGUCAACUCCGCUGCCAGGAUUGAAUCAUCCUCAAGUAGCAUCAGCAUCGUGUGUUUACAACAAUGACGUUCUUGUUGUUGGUGGUAACGAUGGUAAAGAAGGAACUGACACGAUCGAAAUUUUGAAGAUGAACCAACAUCCUUUGCGGUGGACAAUGUUUGAUGGUAAACUGCCUGUCAAAUUAUUUGCUCAUGACGUCAUGGUUUAUCAAGGAAAAUUAUAUAUAAUAGGAGGAUAUGACGGAAAUCAAAGAAAAACAUCGAAUUCCAUUUAUGAGAUUGCUCUUACCCCACCUUAUACUGGCAAGCUGCUGACGAGAAUGCCUGAGGCAAGAAGAAAUCACAGAGCAGAACUUGUUAAUGGAAAGCUAUUUAUCUUGGGUGGAACAAUAACCAACCUAAGUAAAGAUGCUCUUGACAGCGUUGUUGUUUAUGAUUUCAUUAAGAAUGAGUUCAAGCCAUGUCCAUCGUUACCUCAGCGUGUUUGUGAUAUGUCCACCGUCACUUGGGGUCAUAUGAUCAUCGUCGUUGGUGGUUUGGAUACGAAUCACCGGACAAUAAAUGACGUCAUAAUGUACGACACAGAGACUGGGCGAAGCAAGAGACUGCCCUCCAUGAUUUACAAAAGGAGCGGCAGCUCUGCUGUAAUCAUGAAUGACGUUAUUGUCGUGUUUGGUGGAUGGAAUAAGGAGCAGGGAUAUCUCAACUCAGUGGAAUCUUUCACCAUUGGUGGAGAUGGCUGGAAAGAACUGCCAGGAAUGAUAGAAAAAAGACGCCAUGCUACUGCUGUAGUUACACCUCUGUAGGAGAACUUGAUGAAAAAUUUGAAGUAAAAGAAUUUGUCAUUUUGUCCAAGAUUGAGAUGAACACGAAGUUAUAAAUGAACAAUCAGUGAAUGAUUACAUGAAUUAGCUUUUCAAGUCUCUCAGCGCCGCUGACCACCACUGAUCUUUUAUGAAACUGGAUGAUUAAAAAUGGUUUGUAAUAAAAAUGAUAUUGUGAUAAUUAUAUCAUAUAUAACUGAUGUAGUCGCGUGUAUUUGUAAAUAUUGUAGAUAAAGACAGAAUAUUCGUAUAUAUUACUUGAUAUUGAAACUAAUCAUUAAAACAUUUGAGAAUUGUUUAGAAUUAGAGACAAUAAUAAUGAACAUUUAUAAAAUUAGGAUAGAAUAGGGACGCUGAAAUCAGUCGGAACUAAACAAUUGUAAAUAAAACAAAAUCUCAGAUGAUUCGUAACAAGUAACGUUAGG